AUGGAUACUAAAACUAGUACUAGUUAUUUUGUUUCAAGGUUUUUGUUUAGAGUACUUGUAGUGGUGGGGUUUGUUUCUUUUAUGUUUAUUGCUAGCUUAGUUAGUGGUGGAAGAACAACAAGUACUACUACUACAAAACAUGAUCAUCAACAAGUUGUUGUUGUUGGUAACCAUGAUGCACAAUUGGAUUUCAAUUAUAUGAGUAAAAGAAGAGUUCCCAAUGGACCAGAUCCUAUUCACAACAGGAGAGCUGGAAAUUCAGGUAGACCACCUGGCCAAAGUUAG